AUGGAUGGAGGAUAUUACCGAGGUACAACGACGGAUCAGGACAUUCGAUUCGUCGAUAAAGAAAAGAAAUUGAUGAAGCAAAUGAAGUUUGAAACAUGGUUAGAACAAAAGGUAAGUUUAUUGUGCGAUUAAGUCUUUUCUAGUCUAGAUUUUUACGGAGCCUUGGAACUUUUAUCUUAAUUGAGAAUCUAAAAUCAUGAAUAAAUCUUUUAUACAUGAUUUGUUCUCUUUCAGUCGUUUUCAUUUGAACACUAUAGGUGGACAUGACGAAGGUCAACUUGGAUGUGCUGAAGCCCUGGAUCACAGCCAAGUUGAAUCAGAUGUUGGGAAUGGAAGAUGAGGUUUUGGUGAACAUGGUUUUCUUCACAUUGGAGGAGACCAAGAACCUGGAUCCGAAGAAGUUGCAGAUCAAUUUGACAGGAUUUCUGAAUGCAAAAAGAGCUCGAGAAUUCAUGGGAGAAUUGUGGCAGAUGAUCAUCGAAGCUCAAAACAGUGAAGAUGGGAUCCCAAGCAGUCUCAUUGAGAAGAAAAUGGAAGAAUUAAAGGCACAGGGAGUUCAAUUGGACGAGGUUCCGAUGGCCGAAUGCACAGAGAAUGAUUGGAAACAUCGAUAUAAGAGCUUAACUGGGGGAAGAUACGGAAAGAACGAGCCAAAUUAUAAAUCUGAACCCAUGGAUAGAAGCCCCGGAAGGAGAAGAUCAAGAAGUCGAUCACCAGAUAAUAGAAGGCGAGAAUGGAGGGAAGAUAAGAGGGAUGAGAGACGACAGAGAGAAAGAGACAGUCUGGAAAGGAGAGUGGAAAGAAGAAGAGAAAGAAGUGCCGAAAGAGAUAAACGACGAGAAAGAAGUAGAAGUCCCGAACGAAGAAAAAGGGACGAUGACGGAGAAAGGAGAAGAAGAAGAUCGAGAAGUAGAUCCAAGGAAAGGAAAUCAGAGUCGCCGGAAAGACGAGAAGUGAAGCCAAGGAAAUUUACUGAGGAGAAGCUGGACAAAAAAGAUGAGUUAGUUAUUUUAUUAUUAGAUUAUGUUUUAGUUGAAUGGAUUAGUUCAGGGGAUAUCUUUUGAAUUGUUUUAUCUUAUACUUUUCAUUUCAGACCAGAAAAGGCCGAUCCCAGUCCAGAACCCGAGCCAAAACGUCGCCGAAAAGAGAGCGGAGAAAAGAAAUCAAAGAAGCACAAAAAGGAGAAGAAAAAGAAGCACAAGAGGGACAGACACAACUCGGACUCGGAUUAG